AUGAUUCUUCUACUUCUCACUCUCGUCUUCCUUCACGGCGUUGACCUAGCUCCUACUCCGCCGCACGCUUGCGACGCGUCGAAUCCCACCACGAAGCUCUUUCAGUUCUGCCGCACCGACCUCCCAGUUAACCGGCGAGCUCGAGAUAUCGUAUCACGGCUAACCAUAGACGAGAAGAUCUCUCAGCUUGUAAACUCAGCUCCAGGGAUACCUCGUCUUGGAGUGCCGGCGUACCAAUGGUGGUCGGAGGCUUUACACGGCGUAGCCGACGUCGGUCCCACUCCCGGAAUCCGGUUUAACGGAACGGUUAAAGCUGCCACUAGCUUUCCUCAAGUCAUCCUAUCCGCAGCUUCCUUUGACUCUUAUCUGUGGUUCCGCAUUGCUCAAGUAGUAGGAAAGGAAGCGAGAGGACUGUACAACGCAGGGCAAGCCAAAGGGAUGACGUUUUGGGCACCAAACAUUAACAUAUUUAGGGAUCCACGGUGGGGAAGAGGUCAAGAGACUCCUGGCGAGGAUCCGACGGUGACGGGAGCUUACGCGGUGGCUUACGUCAGAGGACUCCAAGGUGAUUCUUUCGACGGUAAGAAAACACUCUCCGGUCACCUUCAAGCCUCCGCUUGUUGUAAGCAUUUCACGGCUUAUGAUCUUGACCGUUGGAAAGGUAUCACUCGCUACGUUUUCAAUGCUCAGGUGAGUUUGGCUGACCUGGCGGAGACGUACCAACCACCGUUCAAGAAAUGCAUAGAAGAAGGCAAAGCCAGUGGCAUCAUGUGCGCUUAUAACCGAGUCAACGGCAUUCCCUCUUGCGCUGACCCAAACCUCUUGACUCGAACAGCUCGUGGUCUCUGGCACUUCAACGGAUACAUAACUUCCGACUGUGACGCAGUCUCAAUCAUCUACGACGACCAAGGCUACGCAAAGACCCCUGAAGACGCAGUCGCUGACGUCCUCAAAGCCGGCAUGGACGUAAACUGUGGCUCAUACUUACAGAAACACACCAAAUCAGCUCUACAACAAAAGAAAGUGUCGGAAACAGACAUCAACAGAGCUUUAAUCAACUUAUUCUCCGUUAGGAUCCGUCUCGGUCUAUUUAACGGCGAUCCAACCAAACUAACUUACGGAAACAUAACUCCUAACGACGUUUGUUCUCCGUCUCAUCAAGCGUUAGCACUCGAAGCAGCUCGUAACGGUAUCGUCCUCUUGAAAAACGCUUUAAAACUCCUCCCUCUCUCCAAACGCAGCGUUUCGUUAGCUGUGAUUGGUCCAAACGCUCACGUGGCGAAAACGCUUCUUGGCAACUACGCUGGCCCGCCAUGCAAGAACGUGACGCCUCUAGACGCGAUACGCGGUUACGUUAAAAACGCGGUUUACCAUAAAGGAUGCGACUCCGUGGCUUGUUCUAACGCUGCGGUUGAACAAGCGGUUGCUAUUGCGAGAAACGCUGAACGUGUGGUAUUGAUUAUGGGACUAGACCAGACUCAAGAGAAGGAAGAUAUGGACCGUGUUGACCUUAGUCUUCCAGGGAAGCAACGUGAGCUUAUAACAAGCGUUGCGGAAGUUGCAAAGAGACCAGUGGUUCUUGUCUUGAUUUGUGGCGGUCCUGUUGAUAUCUCAUUUGCUAAGGAUAAUGACAAGAUUGGUAGCAUUGUUUGGGCUGGUUAUCCUGGUGAAGCUGGAGGGAAGGCUCUUGCUGAAAUCUUGUUCGGAGAUCACAAUCCUGGAGGGAGAUUACCAGUGACCUGGUAUCCACAGAACUUUGUGAAUGUGAAGAUGACAGACAUGAGGAUGAGAUCAUCAUCAUCUGGAUAUCCAGGGAGGACUUACAGAUUCUACAAAGGACCUAAAGUGUUUGAGUUUGGACAUGGUCUUAGCUACACAACUUACUCUUACCGUUUCAAGACUCUACCUCAAAACACUCUCUACUUGAACCAGUCCAAACCUCAAACCAACUCAGACUCUCUUCAGUACGCUCUGGUUUCGGAAAUGGGAAAAGAAAGCUGCGAUGUAGCCAAGACUAAGGUGAGUGUUGUGGUUGAGAAUCAAGGAGAGAUGGCUGGGAAACAUCCUGUGCUUAUGUUUGUGAGGCACGAGAAGGGAGGAGAAGAUGGGACACGAGCUGAGAAACAGCUUGUUGGGUUUAAGAGCGUUGUGUUAAGAAACGGAGAGAAAAGUGAAGUUGAGUUUGAGAUUGGUGUUUGUGAGCAUUUGAGCAGAGCUAAUGAAGUUGGUGUUAUGGUUGUUGAAGAAGGAAAAUACUUCUUAACCGUUGGAGAUUCAGAGCUCCCUCUUACAGUUAAUGUCUGA